CAUCACCACAACCUCAACUCCUCUUCUCUUUACUAAACUUAAUUUUUCCCAUGGCUUCCUCUUUUGCUCUCUUCGCCAUGACAAUUCUGAUGGCUCACCUCGGCGCAUGCAAGGCGGCUCGGCAUCUCCUCGACACAACGGCGCCGCCACCGGUGUUCCCUGCCGUUCCGCAACUUUCCGCGCCACCAAUGCCGGCAAUGCCAGGGGUCCCUCAACUAUCAGCGCCUCCAAUGCCGACGGUUCCCCAACUGUCGUCAGCGCCUCCAAUGCCGGCAAUGCCAGGGGUCCCUCAACUGUCGGCGCCCCCAAUGCCGACGGUUCCUCAACUGUCGUCUGCGCCUCCAAUGCCGGUGAUGCCGACGGUGCCUCAAGCGCCGACACCUUUGACGCCGGCCAUUCCAACGACUGUUCCGCAAAUGUCAACACCGCCGGUUCAAGCAGUGCCGACGAUGCCGACGGUGGGAGUGCCGCCUUUGGCUUCAAAUAUCCCUGGCGUCCCACAACUUUCGCUGCCACCGAUGCCGGCGACGGUUCCGGCAAUCCCUUCCAACCCCUUUGUUGCCCCACCGCCGACGACCGCAGCUCCAUGACGUCGAUCAUAUUCAGUGAUCUCCUUCCAAUCCUAUUAUUAUAUAUUAUUUACGAGUGUGUACUUUUAGAGCGUAUUGUAAUCUUUAAGAUUUUCAUCAUCAUGCCUUUGUUUGGGUCAUUACUUAGCUAAUUAGCUUGUAUUGUCAUGGCAUAUGAAUAAAUUUAAUUAUAGUUUCCAUAUUUAUUUAA